AUGGCGUCGAAAGAUUCAACACCGCCGUAUCAAAGUGCUGCCAGAAUCUCCGAUUCCCAAUGUUUUCCUCAAUACACCGCCUCUCUCAAAUGUUUAGAAGAAUUUAAUACAGAUAAGAGUAAAUGUCAAGAACAUUUUGAUGUUUACAAGGAGUGUAAGAAAAAGGAGAGGGAGGCAAGAUUGGAACGUAAUAAAAGUCGGUCCUUAUUCUCAUGA